AUGUCGAGCUAUAAAUGGUUAUUAUUCGAAACCAAAGAAAAGUCCAUUAAAACAAUCAAUCAUUUAAAAGAAUUUCGUUUUAAAAAUAGUCCACGCGGUAGAAAAUCGUAUUAUCAAACGCAUCCCGAAUUAGUUCCGGAAUUAAAAAAAUUAUUAAACACACACAGUGGAGAAGCACAAGAUCGUCGAAGAGAUGAUGUGGUUCGUUUUAAUGGUUUGUCUAUAACAGAUAGUAAUAAUUAA